CGUGCAGUUUGAUGAAUAAAUGCAUAUACUAUGAAACGCUGUGUGCCGGACGAGUCAUACGUUCAUCAAAUGCGCGUGCGUGUUGAAUUUGGUCACCAAACACACGCACACACGCACACACAUACAUACAUACAUACAUACAUACAUACACUCACACAGGAAGUGUGGCCGUCUCCGCUCAUCUACUGAAGGUCCAAUAUGUGCUGCACCCUGCAGUCGGAACAGACAGCCCACCACAUGCAACCAUGUGCUGGAUUGAGGACUCAUGUCUCUCACAUUUUGUUGACGUCAGCAUACGGUAUCGCGCCGCUGCCCUGCUUGACCUGCAGAUACUUGAACGCAUCAUCAACCUCACCCUCCUGCAACACACCAGCACACAACACACACACCAAAGAUCCACCCACCCACCGCUUUCCGUCCAUGCCUCCUCCUCCUGUCCACCGUCAUUCUGUCGCCACACGUCGUGAGUGCCGUCAUCAACAUAUUGGCAUCGAUGACGCCACCCUGCGACUCAUCCAACACCUGAAAGCAACGGAGUCAAUGACACCAGCAGGUCGUGGAGGUGCCGGUUAUCACCCUGAACGCGCGCAUGAGGUUCGACUCGUCCUUCGCUACGGGCGAUCCAUCCCCGGCCGCAUAGUACUCCGCCGCGAUGGCCAUAAACUCCGUCUUAGUCACCUCCCUGCCACGCAACCCUGCUCCCCCAACACCCCCCCAACAGCCCCAAGAGCCUCACUUCAACUCGCAUGGAGCAUCCGUUGACAUUCACCUGUCAUCUUGUCCUUCAUUUCCUCCUCCGUGAAGCACUGCCCGAGGGCCCGCAGGCAGUUGGGAACCUCAGCGAUGGAUAUCUUGCCAGAUUUGGCCCUGUCGUAGAAGCAGAACACCUCAUCCACCUCACGCCUCUGAAGGCCUCGAAAGGACACAACCAGAGAGCGUAAACGACCGAGCGAGUCCUCACGCAUACCUGAGAGGCUGUCAAGGCCUCCAUUCUGGCCCCGGAAAGAGG